UUGUACUUCCGGGUCAGCGCCUCUUUCUUUCCUGUCGGCCAUUUGUCGUAUACGAUUUGUAGGCGACCACCUGCACAACCUUGAAACAUGCAGAACGACGCUGGUGAAUUUGUGGACCUUUACGUCCCACGCAAAUGCUCUGCUAGCAACAGAAUCAUUGGAGCCAAGGACCAUGCCUCCAUCCAGAUCAACAUUGCUGAGGUUGACAAGGUGACCGGUCGCUUCAACGGUCAGUUCAAGACCUACGCCAUCUGUGGAGCCAUCCGCAGAAUGGGCGAGUCUGAUGACUCCAUCCUGAGGCUGGCAAAAAAUGACACCAUCGUUGCAAAGAACUUCUGAGUGUGAUGCUGAAGCUGUGGAAUCUUUGUAAAAUAAAAUGAAAAAAAGCUUC